AGAAGCAGCGGUGCUCGCGACUCAAGAGUGCGGCGGUAGCUUGAGUACUUGGCGGAAAAAAGAAAAAAAACUUCCUGGGAAGACUUUUUGGACCGAUCAACGGCUUUUUCCUGGGGAAAAAAAAAAAAUCCAGUUUUGACCAUGUUUCCAAAAACUGUGUGUGUCAAAGCGCAGCAUGCAUUCCACCCAAGAAGGGUCGUGGGACCCCCAGGACCCGUCUAAGCAUGUCUCGACCCUCCCGCCUCAGCCCCCCGCCUACUCGCGCCUUGCCCACGUGACGACAGCCACGCCAGCCAAGCGGAUCACCUUCUACAAAAGCGGGGACAGCCAGUUUGGGGGUGUCAGGAUGGCCAUACACAAGCGCAGCUUCAAAUGCUUCGAUGCCCUGCUGGACGACCUUUCUCAAAAGGUGCCCCUUCCGUUUGGUGUGCGGACCGUGACUACGCCGCGCGGCACCCACAUCAUCAAAGAUCUGGAGGAACUCCAAGACGGGGGUUGCUACCUCUGUUCGGACCGGCGCCAGGCAAAACCGGUCAACAUGGAGCUGGCCGGCAAACGGCAAAGUGUUUGGCACAAGCACAGCCGCGUACCUCAACAAGCGGAAGCAUUGUCCGCGUCAUCUGGCCACGUGCCUCACAGACAUCGACGGAUCCUGCUGAUUAAGAACACUGAGCCCGGGAUGCAACGGAGUCUGGCACUGCAUAGGAGGUCAACCAGGAGUAUGAGGGCUUUUCUUGAGGAGGCGUCCGAGGUGAUGCAGUUCCAUGUCCGCAAACUUUACACCGCGGAAGGGCGCAAAGUUGACAACAUCCAAGGUCUGAUGUCCUGCUCUGGAGUUAUGGUGUGUGUCGGCAGAGAGGCCCUCAAUCCUAUGCUGUUGAAGUGCCCCAGGAAGACUUCAGAGGAAAAACUACCUGGUUUGGGUAAUAGGUCCCCUGGUCUUGGUCCAAGGACGCCUGGAAAUGGCGCUCGAUCCCCUGGAUUUCAAGAAGUAAGAUCCCCCCCUCAUGGAGCACAGUCCAGAGCCAGCGAAUGUAGUGAGGAGCAGGACAGCAAGAAAAAUGUUAACUUUGGUCUGGAGACCAAAAAGAGCAUCAUACAUCCUCGUUCAGAUUCUUCAGCACGCUCCACUCGGUUCUCUCUCUCCUCGGAGAAGUCCUUUGGCAACAGUGUAAGAGCCCACUCGCAGCAGAGACCAGCUUUUAUGAAUGAUGACAUCGAAAAGCGCGUCCUCGUUAACAAGGAUGGAAGUCUUUCUGUGGAGAUGAGGGUGCGUUUUCGCCUCCGCAAUGAUGAGACCUUACAGUGGUCCACACAGAUCAGAAAAUCGCCUUCCCUGACAAGUGAGUGCUGCCCACCAAGUCAUGUACAGCGUCCUUACUUACAAAAUGGCCACUCAGAAAGCUGCUCGGAUUCUGCAUCCUUCGACCCAGAUUGUACAGACUAUUACAGUCAGUCUUUAAAUCACACAUUUGAGGGGAUCCACUGCACCUGCUGCUACCAGGGGCCUGAACAGCGAUACAACUUGUGGGAGAACCCAGUACACAGCCACAAACAGCCACCUGUACCACCGCUGCAUACAUCUAGCCACACUACAAUAAGGCACACACAUUCCUCCAGCUCUUCUUCAUCUUGUAACUCCAGGAGAGUGGUGCGAUGUCGGGCAAAUCUCUCCAACUCUGGAAGAGGCUCAAAUUCAGAGCAAAGCCAACUUGUCCAAGAGGAGACAUGUGUGAUGGAGCAGAUAGAGAGCAGAGUAGAUAUCGAACGGAAUGGAGACACUCAUGUUGAGGUGUGCAAGGUGAGCCGGUGCUCCAGUCACAGUGAAGUGAUCACUUUGGACGGCAACCCAAGACUUCCAAGAGAGAGGUCACCUGAGGAGGAGCUGAUGGAGGAAGAAGUGGGACCUCCAUUGUCUACAGUCAGCAGCUCCUCGCAUAUUCUUCAGUCAUUAAAGGAAGAUCAAGAUGAUGAUGAUGACGAUGAUCUGCCACCUAGCGCUUCACAAUGCUCUCACAGAAGCGAACCACCACAGACAGAGCAAAACAAGCAUGAAAACAAGAACAAUAGAGAAAGUAGAGCAGCCUCUGCAGCCACCUCUUGUCUCUGUGGAGCUACCAUAACUCAGACACCAACUGGACCAGAUGAGAUGAAUGAAGCCCCCAGAUCCACAUGUAGUUCCGCCAAAGUCAUUUACCAAAGGGAUGAGAGUGAAGAGAUUGGUAAAGCUUUAUCUGUCACCGCUGGUCAGUCUGUGAUUUCAAGUGUAUGUUCUAAUUGUGGUGGUUACAAACAUGUAGUCAAUCCUAAUUCUAAUAGUAGAGCCUCACAGCGGUCCAAUCACAUCCCUCAAGCCUGUUCGAAGUCCACUUCACCUCUCGCGAGCCAAUCAAAUGCCAAUGAAGGUACCUAUGAUGAUGCUUUGUCUACACAAUCCAACAAAACCAAUCUAACAAGACAUGGAUCUGCCCUAACAAAUGCCCCAGAGAGCAGAACAUCUAGUGCCAUGUCCAGAAUGUCCAAUUCUAAGCCAACAGAGGCGCAAGAAGGAGCCACCUCCGUCAUUAGCUAUGAGUCCAGCACGUCACAGAAAUCUAGUCUCGCUGGUGCCACAGCUGAAAACAAGGAGAGAAGCUCCAGUGUUAUGUCGGGUCACAAGUCCAACUACAGUGGCACAGCUGAAAGUCCUAGCAUCACAGCAACAGAGGAAGCAGAAGAAGAGAACAGUAACAACAUUGAAGCUGAAGCUUGCAUUUCACCUAAGAGUGUGUCAAGUGUAAGGAUUAAUUCUACGGGUGGCAGUACAGCCGUAGAAGACAAUGAUGCAAAUGUUGUACCUCGCAGUUGUCUUUCUGUCGCAUCUAAUGCAUCUACAAAAUCUAGCAUGGCAGAGCGACCCACUAGUGUUCGCUCUACGAAAUCUUCAAAGUCAAAUAAAACAGGAAAGUCCAAAACAUCUCACAAGCUGUGUGCAAGAGAUGAGCCAAUGGUAGUACAUCCCAAUGAAGAAAAAGAGAAACCAGGUAUGUGUCCAGAUACCUUAAAACUUGAAGACAACAAAGAAUGGCAAGCUGAAGAACGGGCACCUACUGCUUUAUCUACUAAAUCAACAACUUCUUGUCGGACAAGUUAUGUCUCAGACUGUACUGCAGCAUCCCCAGAUCUAAAGGAAGCUGGCAUUCCUUCUCCUGAAGCAAAUGGAAAACCAAAUGCAAAUGAAGAAAGAGUGAGCAGUGCCAUGUCUAUUAAAUCAAAGACUUCUGUGAAAACGAGUACCUCUCAGAAGUCAACGUCGAGCAAGAAUCUCAAAUUAGCUUCUUCGAGACCAAAUGUAAUAACCAUUAAUUCUCCAGAAGACGUUGAUGAGACGAGUGAGGCAACUGGUGAAGGUAAAGAGGUAGAAGAAAACCUAAGUAAAACCUCUGAACAUCUGCAUGGUGAAAUGUUGUCACCCACAAAAAUACACUCACCUCGGACCCACCUGCAGAAGGCUAAGGCCACAUCACCCAUCAGUUCUAAUGAAGCACGAGGCCAGAGUUCUUUGUCCGUUUACUCUACAGCUUCUGCUAAAUCAGAAAAGUUUAAAUGCCACUGUAGUGCAGAUUCAGCAUGUGAGGAGGGGAGGAAAAAAGAGGUGGGUGAGAAAAUUGAAGGAGAGGAACCAGAAGACAACUUGGAACUAAACGGAAGGAAAGACCCAGGAGACAGAGAGCAACUACUGAGUCCAAACUCAUCUGGGUCCGUCUCACUUGGGUUGCCAGACGACCAAGAAAUAGCUGACUCAGACAGCUGCAAGUCCUGUGUUUCAUUUCACACAAGCACUCGCAGCAGGGGCAGGUUGAUGAUAGCCACUCCCAAUGUCCACAAAACACCAGAGUCAAUAUUGUCUCAUACAUCCAACGUCACUGUGAGUACACAAGAAGUGCAUAUCCCCACUAUUGAAGUACCUGGAGUUGAUGGAGAUGACAGUCCACUUACAGAAAACUGUAGUCAUACCAGUCAGGCUUCAAAAUCGGAUGUUAAAAACCUUGAUGAUAGCAGGUCCUCCUCUUCACUGUCAUCUGCUAGUGCCAUUGCUAAAAACUCUAAGAUCGCUGAAAAAUCUGAUGGAGCUGUGGCAGAUUCUGACAGCACUAAGACAUCAGUAAGUACUGCCAAAAAGAAGGAGGACUUCGAAAACAACGAGGCUGUUAGUGCUCAUUCCAGUAGUUCCUGUUGCCUCGGGACCAACUUAGCAGCUGGUGCAAAAGUGAAAGAAGAAAAUGCUGUCAAAGCAAAUGACAGUGGAAGUGUUGUAUCUGUCAAAACAUCCAGCUCUACAAAAAAAGAGAGGUCAGUCCAAUCAUCAAGGCUCUUGCACAACUCUAGACCGUGCAGUAAAGCUGAGAGAUGUGGUGAAAGCACCAUGACUGCUGCUGCUGACCUUCUCAACGACAUCGAAGCAUCAUCGCAUCAACAAUGUCAACAGUCGAAGGCAAGCAAAGCCAGCAGCAAGUCCACUGGGGAGAAAAGCAAGAGGCGUCAAAAAAAGGGGAACCAGAAGAAUCAAGAUAAAGAGUCUGAGGUCACCCCUGCCUGUCUGCCCAAUGCUUCCCCCACUGAAGUUGUCAGUGAUUGGCUGCGCAGCAUUCCUUCUAACAGCAAUAUGCUUGCUCUUGAUGACCUCACUGAGUUUAAGCCUGGCAGCGAAGUAGAGGCUAAAGCUGAAGAACUAACAGAAUUAAAACAGGAGAGUCCUGAUGGCGAGAAAGUGGACACAGAGGAAACAUUGGAGGGUGAGAAAGCAGAAGACUGUGUGGCAGCAGUGGAAGAGACAGAUCAAGAUCUGGCACCGCCAAUGAAAUCAUCUUACCAGCCUGACGCUGUAUGGAUGAGUGGCAAGCCGUUGCCCAAAAACUGGCGCUCUUCAGCUGCAGUGAUGAAGGUUCUUCUCAGUUCUUCUAUGGGACGAUGUAGGAGCUUGCCUGAGGUGUCUCCAGUAUACGGCCGUAGACUAAGUACAUCAGCCCGGGGCCUCUUGGACUGCCUCGCCCAGCUUCAGCUCAUUGAGCCCACAAGAAAUCAGGGCCGCGAUAAAAUUGAGAACCAAAACCGGCAAUACGAGGACAUUAUGGCCAUUCUUCAGUCCCUUUGGCUCACUGACCCUCGGGACAUUGAGACCAAGGGCAUUGGCACAGAACAAGUGACACCCCCAAGGUCUUCAUCAGGGGUAGGUAUGAGCAGUGGCUCUGGUGGAUCGGGGAAGGACCAUGAGAAUCAAGGAGGAGAUGAAACACUCCCAAAAGAGUCUUCACAAGAGGAUGAGGCGGUGGGCAAGGACGGACUACAAACCGAAACCAAGGAAAUUAUGACCGAGGCAGUCUUACAAGUUGAGCUCUUGCCGAGUGAGGAUCAAAGUAAAGUGCUUCCAACUCUGGAAAGCCAACAAGCCGAGAACCCCUCAUCAUUAGAUCACAGUUCUACCAAUAAUACCUUCAACUCCAGCUCAGGAACACCUCCAACAGUUCUGCAAGCAUCUUUGUCCAAAAAAACAUCCCACGAACCUGAUCCAGUGUGGAUUCUGCACCUCCUAAAGAAGCUGGAGAAACAAUUCAUGAACCACUACAUCGACGCCAUGGCGGAAUUUAAAGUUCGCUGGGACCUAGACGACAGCCUCAUUCUCGACACAAUGAUCUCAGAGUUGAAGGAUGAGGUGAGCAGUCGAAUCCAGAGCAGCAUUGAGAGGGAGAUGAGGAACAUCAAGGGUCGAGCCGGCCGAGGCGAGAAGAUGCCACGGCCUCCAAAAAAUGUAAACCUCUCGAGGGAGUCCACAAUGACCGAGAAGCGGCGACGGAUACUGAAGGUCAUUAGGAACCAGUCGGUCAAAACGGCGGACUCUGCCAGUGAUGAAGAGUUGACAGCCGAGUUCAGCGACCAACGCAGCGAUGACGAGUACUGCCCCUGUGACGCUUGCGUGCGCAAGAAAAUGGAGGCUCGGCCCCUCAAAAUGCACCCGGCGGCCGCCGAAGCGCCGGUGAUGAUGGAGUUUGACCUCCUGAAAAUACUCCAGCACAAGAAGACCCCAAAACCCGCGCCCCCGACCGCACCGCAGCCCACGCACAGGGACGGCGAGAGUGCGGAGGAAGGCAGGAGUUUAGAGGUCGUAAAGGAGGAAGAGGAGGACGACGAGGACGGCAAAGCUCUUUUGCACGAUGCAAUCGCCGAGGAGAGUGAGGAGGACACAGGGGAAGAGGUCAGACGUGAGGGUGAGGAGAGAAAAAGUGAGAGAAACGAGUGUGAGAUCAGUGGGUGGCGACGCUGCCAGUGCAGGGGAGGACAAACACCAGAGGAAGAAGAGGCGGAGGGAAGAAGUGAUAACAUAGGCGGUGAAGAAGAAGAGGAGGCGGAGGGAAGAAGUGAUAACAUGGGUGGUGAAGAAGAAGAGGAGGCGGAGGGAAGAAGUGAUAACAUGGGUGGUGAAGAAGAAGAGGAGGCGGAGGGAAGAAGUGAUAACAUGGGCGGCGAAGAAGAAGAGGAAGUUGAUGAAGCUGAGGAUGUGGGUGGGACAGAAUUGGAUGACAGUAAAAACGAAUCUGAAGAUGGAGAGGAGGAUGACUCAACCAAUCGGGGUAAUGACGACUCCACACUUUUAGUGGAGGAAGGGGAAGAGGAGGCGGAGUUAGAGGAAGAGGAGGCGGAGUUAGAGGAAGAGGGGAAAAGCAAUGCCUCAGCAGGAGCAGAGGAUGAAGACCAGGAGGAGGAUGUGACCGAAAAGUCUCAAGAAGAAUCCUCCCAGAAGGAAAGAGCCUCGGCUAAGGGUCAAAGGUCAAUCGGGGGAGCUGAUGACCAAGACUCGGACACGGAGGGCAAACGUCGGAGAAACGCAGCAGAGGAGUCGUAGGACGGCGCUCUGCUCUAUCAGUUCACCCGGACCUCGGUGGUGUCCCAGCCAUGCUCCUCAGAGGACUGAGACCCUCAAACACGUUAUUUCUCUGUCCACACGAACCUAUUCAAGUCCGAACCCACAGAACAAGAACUGGAACACUUGGUGCACUUUAUCGCUGAAACUUGAAACGACAAGCUAGCCUACAGGAAGUAAUGAUACACAUUUUAUUUGUACAGUUUCUGAAUAUCAUUGUUUCAUGUUUUAUUUUGAAACUUCAAUAAUUGAUGUUAUUGAUGCUGCGGACUACAUUUUGUCUUUUCUGUCAAAUAUUUAUCUAUGAUAUUACCAGGAAGCUAGCUGAUUAAAUGUAACAUUUUAUGGUAAAAUACUGUACUGGCAGCUUAAUGGGCAGAAUUUUACUCUAAAAAUAAAAGUGGCACCGUUUUUCAAUCUAAAAUAAUGAUGUUAAAAAAAAUAAAAAAUAAAACACCGUACAUUUUCGGCUAAUUUUCAGCUUUUGUUGACUUUACAGUGAAAAAAAACUGUCAGCUCAGUCGCCAGAAUUUUAAUGUAAAAAAAUAUGCUACAAUUUUCCAAUUUACAGAAAUGCACUGUAAAAAAUUGACGGUAAAAUUUACGGUUGUUGAAUGUUAACGUAAAAAAAUAAAAGUGAUAUGUUUUUACAUUUACAGUGAUGCACUGUGAAAACAACAACCAUAGAUUUCACAGUGCUCAAAAAAUCUGGUAUUUGACAGAAUUUUACCGUAACUGUAACAGCGAUACCGUGUAUAAAUUUACAGUAAUUCUGUAUUAAAAGAUAAUAAUUCGGGUAAAAUUUAGAUUUUGGUGAACUUCACGGUAAAAGAAAUGGUCAGCUCAGUCGCCAGAAUUUUAAUGUAAAAAAAUUGGAUACUCUUUUUCAAUUUACAAUAAUGCACUGUAAAAACGACCGUAAAUUUUACGGGAAAAAAACUGGCAGCUCAAUAGCCAGAAUGUUAACGUAAAAAAUAAAAGGGAUAUGUUUUUACAUUUACAGUAAUGCACUGUGAAAACAACAACUGUAGAUUUCACAGGGCUCAAAAAUUCUGGUAGCUUAUUUGACAGAAUUUUACCGUAACUGUAACAGUGGUACCGUGUUUAAAUUUAGAGUAAUUCUGUGUUGAAAAAAAAUAAUUCGGAGUAUAAUUUUGAUUUUGGUGGGCUUUACGGUAAAAAAAAAUGUGAUACUGUCUUUUUCAAUUUACAGUGAUGCACUGUAAAAAAAAAAAACGUAGAUGUUACAGUAAAUAACUGGCAGCUCAAUCGUCAGAAUUUUUCCGUCAAAAUAAAAGUGAUACAGCUUUUACAUUUAUAGUAAUACACUGUAAAAAACGCAACCAUCUGUUUGACGGUAAAUAUAAUGUAAUAAAUAUGUUCAUCUACUGUUGUAUUGUUUUUCAGUUUACAUGAAUUUGGUGUUAAAAAUGUCAAUAUUCGGGUAAAAUGUUUGUCGGUAGACUUAACUGUAAAAAAAAAAAAAAAACAUGGUGCCAAAAAAACUAGCUACUCAAAAGGUCAGAAUUUUAUUAUAAAAUAAAAGCAUCAAUGUUUUUACAUUUACAGUAAUGCACUGUAAAAAAAAAAAACGACCAUAGAUUGUACGAUAAAAAUACGGUAAUUAAUAUGUAUACAUAAAUAAUGUUUGUUGGUAGACUUUUACUGUAAAAAAUACUGUCGGUUCAGUCCCAAAACCUUUACUGUGAAAAACAUGGUGCUGUUUUUUAAUUUACAGUAAUCCACAGUAAAAACAACGGAUGUAGAUUUUACGCUACAAAAAAUACUUAGUCGCCAGAAUUUUAACAAAAACAUAACAGUAAUAUUGUUUUUCAAUUUCCAGUAAUUUUGUUGUAAAAAAAACAAAAAACUGUAAAUUUUCAAAUAAAAUGUUUUAUUUUUCUGUAGACAAUACGGUCAAAAUACUGUCAGCUCAGUCGGCAAAAUUUUACGGUAAAAAUAACUGAUAGUUUUUACAUUUACGCUAAUACACUGCAAAAAGAAAAUUCGUACAUUUUACCGUAAAACAAAAAAAACAUCUGCCAGAUUAGUCGCCAGAAUUUUACCCUAACAAUAAGAAUGAUUUUUCUGUUUUUCGAUUUACAAUAAUUUUGUUGUAAAAAAAAAAAACACUGUAAAUUUUCAAGUAAAACUUUUGAUUUUGGUAGGCAUUACGGUUCAAAUACUGUCAGCUCAGUCGCCAGAAUUUUACUGCGAAAAUAACAGUGAUAGUUUUUACAUUUACAGUAAUGCACUGUAAAAAGAACGUCCGUACAUUUUACGAAAAAUUAAAAUAAACAAAACUAUCUGCCAGAUUAGUUGCCAGAAUUUUACAGUAAAAAUAACUGAUACAUUUUACAUUUACAGUAAUACACUGUAAAAAGAACGUCCGUACAUUUUACGGUUAAAAAAAAAAAAAAAAAAAAAAAAAAAAAAUGCCAGAUUAGUCGCCAGAAUGUUACCGUAAAAAUAAGAGUGGUACUGUUUUUCAAUUUACAGUAAUGUUGUUGUAAAAAAAAAAAAACACUUUAAAUUUUCAGGUAAAAUUUUUGAUUUUGGUAGGCAUUACGGUAAAAAAAAAAAAAAACGUCCGUACAUUUUACGGUAAAAACAAACAAACAAAAAAAACAUCUGCCAGAUUUGUAGCCAGAAUUUUACAGUAAAAAUAACUGUGAUAGUUUUUACAGUAAUGCACUGUAAAAAGAACGUCCGUACAUUUUACAGUAAAAAAAACCAAAACACAACAUCUGCCAGAUUAGUCGCCAGAAUUUUACCAUAAAAAUAAGAGUGGUACUGUUUUUCAAUUUACAGUAAUUCACUGUAAAAAAAAAAAUUAAAAUAAUAAAACACUGUACAUUCAAACUCUGGCAACUGUGCUGCAUUCCUUUUUACAGCAAAAUGUACAUUUUUAUUUUUAUUUUUUUAGAGAGUAUGACACUCAACAUGUGUAAUCUGAUUACUUGAAAUAAAUAGUUACAUGCUGAGUUCCUAUGAUGCUGGUACAGGUGGUCUCUGGGUUACAAACAAAUUAUGUUCCUUCGACGGGGAUUUCCUUUCUUUUCUUUUUUUUGGCGCACUGCCCCCAGAAUAGUCCACCUGGGAGACAUUAUGGAGGUUCAAGUUAAAACGGUAACUAAAUAAAAACAGUUUUUGCGACCGUGUUAGUAGACUAUGAGAGUGCUUUGGUAACCAGAGAACCACCUGUGUAUGUAAUUAGCAGCCUUAUGUAUCAUAUGUGUAUGUACGUGUCAUACUUGAAAAGAAAACUGCACUUUUUUAAAAGCCUCUUAAAAGCUUUUUAAAAACACCCUUUUCUGUGCGUUCUAAACAGUCAAAAACUACCAAAUGGGCAAAAUUCCCCCCGAAAAAGAGCAGUUUUCCUUUCAACUACAAAUAUUUUUGAAGUAUUUCUCUGUAAUCUGAACAUGAUUCCCUAUUUCCUGUCUGACUGUGAACAUGUGAUCAGCAAGCUGUACAUUCAGGUGUGCUUGGAGGGAGCAGCCACGUGUGACUGAUGCCUUACCGUAUCCAUGGUUACGCGAGGGUCGAUCCACGGAAGCGAAAUAGGCGGAUCGUGCUUAAGUGGCUGCAGGGUUCCACUUCUGCACACAUGAAUAUUAUAUUGGCAAGAAUGAAGAAUACAUGAAUAUUAUGUUGACACAAAUGAAGAAUAAAUGAAUAUUAUGUUGACGUAAAUAAAGAAUAAAUGGAGAAGAUCAAACAUGUUUCAUUCAUUUGGAAAUAAAACAAGGUUCUUGCCAAAAACUGCUGUUACAAAGAUUGUGUCAAUAAUCCCAUAUUGAUGACUGAAAGGCUCGCUAGAAAAAUCCAUGAAACAUAAGGAUAAUAUUAG